GGAAGAAGAGUAGUAUAGUAACAGAUAACGAUAUCAUCUUAUUGAAGAUAGUUAGAGAUUUUUAUUGAGUGUGGCAUUUCCUUCAAAUGGCUACGCUUAACUUUGGCAUAGCCACAACAAAUGUAAACACUGGUGCUGCUGGUUACCGAACCAAAUGGAACCGACAAAACCCCACAACAAUUGUGUGUAUUGGUCCAGGUCCUGUUGGUCCUCUUAGUUGGGAUCCAGAAGGUAUACUAGGGCAGCCCAAUACUGGCCACCUUGCUAGGCUUGAGUUUAAGAGACGGAUGGAGAAAGAUUCCGAUGCUCGUGAAGCCUUUGAGCGUCAAGUCCGUGAAGAGAAAGAGCGUCGUCAGGCCCUUCGCCAAUCUCGUGAUGUUCCUGAGACUCCACAAGAUCUCAUUGAAUACUUACUUGACACUGAGGCUCAGGAGAUUGAAUUUGAGAUUGCAAGAAUGAGACCGCGAUUAAAUGCAGAAUUCUUUUCAGAAUUAAAAUCGGAGUUGGGACAGAUUCGGUUUGCUGUUAACAAAACACCGCUUAUGGACGAUAGAUUGGCUGAGCUGGAGGCUCUAGAGAAAGCCAUACAAGAAGCAAUAGAGGCUUAUGACAAGAUGCAAAAUGAGCUCAUAAAAUCCAAGGAGAGCCUAACCAAAAUCAUGACAUCAAAGGAUGUCAAAGCAACUUUGCUGGAGAUGGUUGAAACCAACGAGAUUAAUCGAUCUUUGUUGACGCUUCUUGAUGAAAACAUAGCAACUGCACAUGAGGCCAAACAGAAGCAAGCUGCAGAAUACAUGGAGAAACUCCGGGGGGCUCUUCUCAAAUACAUUACAGUUUAGUGCAUAUAGUACAUUUUAUUUCUUACUGUAUUAUCACCAUUUGUGGAAAAUUGUGCUGUCGAUAAUUGUAUCAAAUAUACUAUAUAAAAUAGAACUGAGUUGUCAUAGACCUGUAGCAGAUUUCUUCACCGUGGUAUCAUAGUAAAUGAAAUGUAAAUUUUGAAUUACUAGUACGACUAAUGUAUCUUUAGUUGGAAAGCCCUGUUUAUUAAUUGUUUGGUUCUGUUUUUGAGUAA